UACUUGUUUUCCGUAUUGUAAUUUAUGUUAUAUUCAAUUUUGCCUGCAUUUAUGUCUUAGUAGAACAACCCAUGAUUGAUCCGUUGAAAAUCAUUGUUAGUUCAUAAGAUUUCUUUAUGUUAUCAUGAUUUCAUUACAGAUAAAAUUUCUAAUAAUUUUCACCACUCAAUAAUUUCUUAGUAUGCUAUGUGGUUGCGGGUAAGUUCGCCCAAUCUUCCACAAUAAAAAUAUUUCCUUUAGCUUGCAAAUUGGCAAAGCCUCCUGCCUUUUCACUAACACAAUCCGAACUUGCCACAAGCAGCCUUCUUUAGAUUUCUCAUAAUGGAAAUAAAUGUAUUUUUGGCCAGAGACAAUGGCGCGAUACUGAAGCUUUUUUUUUAUCAUUUAUUCAUUUAAAACAUCUGUUCGCUCAACCAUGAACCUGGUUGUCGGAUUCCAAAGAGGGAAAGGGGGAAGUUUGUGUUUUCGUUGUGAGCAUAUACGAGAUGUUGUGUGUUCAUUGUGUAGUGUGGUGUGGUAGGAUAAUAUAAUAUCCCCAUCUUCAUCAUUCAAUGCUUCAUCUGACUCUUUCAUUGCUCACUAAUGCUAGAUCUUAUACAUUUUCCACGUCAUUGUCAUACAGAGGAAGCAAACUCUCGACAUAGGGAUCAUCAUGACCAUCAUCACCUCUCACUGCUUCCACAUUCUCACUAGACUCCAUGGGGUGUUCCAGACUGUGUAGCACGGGAAGAUGCUCGAAUGUUAGCUCAUUCCUCACCAAUACUGACCUGCUUGCUAAAUUAUUGAAAACUACAAUGAUCCAACCCAAACUUAUGUAUAUUGGGACUUGUUAAAAGUUUUGUAUUGUGGAAUUUAAAAAAAAAUGAAUGUAUUUUAGUGAAAAUCCCAUCAGUGGGGAGGCAAAAUUUAGGAAGAAAAUUGUGAUUGUAUUCCUUGUUUAGUGGGUAGCCUAUUACUUCUUAGAGGAUAGUUGAACACAAACACAAGUCAUACUUUUUAUAGUUAAGAAGGUUAUUUUUUAUUUGAGUUAUCUUUUACUCGGUAUUGAUCUGAACAUUAAUUGUCUAUAUGUUACUCCCUAUACAGAUGUGUUUGGUGGGAAGUUAAUGGGUGGCUAUACAGGUGCAGGCUCUUUUUGGCUUGAAUAGCCAAAAAGAGUUGGCAUUGGGGCUGGACGUGCUUAUGUGAGGUCUUUGCGGCCUAGAUUAUCGUGUGAUAAAUGAGCAAGAGAUAGACACCUCUAGUGUAAUUACAUAGUUGUGUUGAGUGAUCCUAUUGGGAAUGUUAAGUUAGGUGUUCUGGUGUUGGGUGCCUCUCCUAGUUGGGUGUUCACGAAUAACACACUUUUCUGUGUAACAUGUUAGGAGAUCUCAAUGGGUGUUCUAGGUUGCAUAUGUCGUGGUCAGGUGUUGUGAGUGGAGUACUCAAUGUGAGGGUGUUCUUCAAUACCGUAACACAAAACAAUACUCGAAACUGAUCCCUAAGUGUGUCACAUAUGUUGGUUGAGGUAUGUCUCCAGCCUCUAGGGGUGUUAUAUUUGUGUUUGUUUAUACUUUCUCCCAAUCUUUACUAUGUGCAAUGGUUGAGAGAUGACUAAACAUAACAUUCAACUAAGUGCGAUGUGUGAGAAUUAAACCCCUCACUUAGCCUUUAGAAAUUAAAUGUUUUUUGUAGAUUAACAUUGACAAUAGGAAUAAAACAGUUUAAUAGUAGUUAAACUUGUUAAAGUAGACUAUAAUAUCCAAAAUCGUUAACUUUCCGUUAGAGUUUCGCAGAAUACCAUCAUAGACAUAUUUAAGAUUUACUUUUUGGGACAUACUACAAUCAACAUAGAGGCAAGCAUGGAAGCCUAUUGCUUUAGGGAGUUUGUCUCGUCAUUGUGCCUUUCUCAAUGUCGAGCCAUUCAACAGUCUUAUUCACUUCGACGAGGCAAAGAUUAAGGGGAGUAGAUCGAAUGAGUUGCUGAGUGCUUUUGUGGUUCCUCAAUUGUUGGCAAUCAACUAUAGUGUUUAGUUUUUACCCUUUCCUACACCUGUAAUAUGAACUAUAAUGUGUUGCACACAAUUUUCGGUUACACUUGGACGAGUUAUACGAUUUGGUUUAUGAUUUAACUGGAAAACCGUGAUCGAAUUCUCACCUCUAUUGUUUUAUGUAGAGCUAUCAACAAGUAUGAAUUCAGGCAACUUCUAAAACUUUAACCUAAAAAGUCAAACAAAUAUUGUUAGUGAUCUCAAAUUCAGUCAACCAAACAAUCGCCAACAAUGGGUAAAAAGUUUUAACCAUCGUUAGUGACAUGUUCAAUAUCUGAUCAAACAGUGACUGGUGAUAGUGAGUGCUCAGUGAGUGAUCGGAGGCCACAAUGUUGGGUACCGGAGGGUGUGUUUGGGAGAUAGAGCUUGAAAACGGGAUAAGUGUUUUGCCAGUGGUUGAAAUAGGUAUAUCCAUAUAUAAAUGAAGAUUUUUUUUAAGUGUUAGAAAUAAAAUGACGAGUAAGUCAUAUUUAGAGUAUGCCUCUAAAAUAUUAGUUUAUGAUGAUUAGGGAUGACAAAUUGGAUCCUUCUCGUUGGGUUUACUCGACCGAUCUAAUGAUGGAAUAGAUUUUACCCAACCAGUUCCUUAAUAGGGCAGAUCAUGCCUCGACUUAUAAGAAAAAUAAGGUGGAUAAUGAUACUAUUGAUAGACGAAACGCUAUUUAGAUAGAUAAAAUACAACACGAAUUUGGUGAUACCCGUCUUAUUUCAGACGUUGCAAUCAGUAGUGAUGAUUGACAAACCUUGUCAGCAGAUCCGGUCCGUAUUAUAUAGCAUUUGACCCAGGAAGAAUAUCUCAACGAGUGAAAUAGUUUGCCCCCUGUAACCGUUAAUCAGAUUCCAAAGCAUAGCUUUUUAUGAUGGGUUAUAACACGAAAUAGAAUAACAACACUUGAUCAAUUGCAGAGCUGGGGGGAAGGUAGCGAGUGCAAAUUGUUUGUUUUGCUCGUCUCAUACAGAGGACAGGGACCAUUUAUUCUUUCACUGUCAAUACACUUCCCAGGAGCUGAAGGGUUGUUUGCUAAUGCUUAAUCUAAGUUGCCCUCAGUUAAAUGGCUAUGAUGAUUACUUGCAGUGGGCGGUUAGAACUUUCAAGGGGAAGAAAGCAUUAGCCAUGGUUGGUCGAUUGGUUUGGAACUUAGCUGUGAGUCUGAUUUGGCGGGAACGCUGUGGUAGAUUGUAUGGAAGUUCUGCUAUGCAAGUUGGGGAGUUGAUCAGGACAGUACGCAGGACAAUUGAGCUGGCUAGACAUGGCAAUGCCGCUCUGGACACUGAUUGUCGCGCAAUCUUUAGUCAGUAAAUAUAGAGAUUAGGGUAGAUUUUGGUUUUACUGUUUGCUGUGUAUAUAUAGAGUAUGUGUAUAUAUAGAGUAUAGUAGCAGUAGAUUCUUUUAGCUUGCUACUGUUUGUAAAGAUCCAGAUGUGCAUCCCCUGUUUUAAGGGAGACACAUAGAGCUUAAUAAAAAAAAUUGAUAUUGCCCAUAAAAAAAAAUCAGAAUCGGACCAACGGUAGACAAAAGAAACUCUCAGCUCAAUAAAAUCUGGCCCGACAAAUGUGACCAGGCCCAGAAAGGCUCGACCGAGAAGUUUGAGGCCCACAGUCCCACAUUAGCCAUUAGGUUACGAGGGCCAUAUAAAAAAGAAUGCUAGGGUUUCGUCACUGACCUCUGCUAAACCUCGACGGCGAGAACAGGAGGGAAGCGUUUUCUCUCUCGAUCGGCAGGACGCAGGCGGCGCGAGGCAAACUUCCUGAAGCAACAUGGCGAGAGGACUGAAGAAGCACCUGAAAAGGCUCAAUGCGCCGAAGCAUUGGAUGUUGGACAAGCUCGGCGGGGCAUUCGCACCCAAGCCAUCCUCUGGCCCGCACAAGUCCAGGGAAUGCCUUCCUUUGGUGCUUAUUCUGAGGAACAGGCUGAAGUAUGCUCUGACUUAUCGUGAAGUCAUAGCCAUCUUGAUGCAGCGACAUGUUAUGGUGGACAACAAGGUCAGGACUGAUAAGACCUUCCCUGCUGGUUUUAUGGAUGUUGUCUCCAUCCCCAAAACCAAUGAGAACUUCCGCCUGCUGUAUGAUACCAAGGGGAGGUUCAGACUGCACUCUCUCCGUGAUGAGGAGGCAAAGUUCAAGCUUUGCAAGGUCCGGACAAUUCAAUUUGGCCAGAAAGGUAUCCCGUACCUGAAUACUUAUGAUGGCCGGACAAUCCGCUAUCCAGACCCACUGAUUAAGCCGAAUGAUACAAUUAAGCUGGACUUGGAGACCAGCAAAAUUGUUGAUUUCAUCAAGUUUGAUGUGGGAAACGUGGUCAUGGUUACCGGAGGCAGGAACAGGGGCCGAGUUGGAGUUAUCAAGAACAGGGAGAAGCAUAAGGGAAGUUUUGAGACCGUGCACAUUCAAGAUUCGCAGGGCCAUGAAUUUGCCACUCGUCUGGGCAAUGUGUUCACUAUUGGGAAGGGUACUAAGCCAUGGGUGUCUCUGCCCAAGGGCAAGGGUAUUAAGCUCACUAUCAUCGAGGAGGCAAAGAGGAGGAUUGCUGCUGCUCAGGCAGCUGCUUAAGGAAUUUGGAAUUAAAACGGAUGUGUCUGCUGUUUUACAUUAUCGUAGGAUGAAUGUUUGUCCUUCAUAGCCCUUUUCAAGACUUGACAUAAUUUUGGUUUAUUUAUCAAUUUUGAGUUGGUCUCUGAAGAAUUUUGUCAGAUUUGGUAUUUGCUUGAACAUAUUUAAGCUGGGUUGUGGUUCUUAGAAUUUCACUUGGCGGUGUAGGUCCUUCAGCCUUUAUUCUAUGCCAUCUUGUUUAGUUUAUUGCGUCUGUUAAAAAGUUAUGUUUUCAUGUCAAAGGUUUCCAAUGGGGGUGCAAAUGUGCUUAAUUGGAGAAUUUGCUUUGAAGCAAACAUAAACCAAACCCUUCAGUAAUUUUGAAAUCUGAAAUUAUAAUGUGUGCUAGAAUUUCUUCUCCGUUGCAUGUAGCAAGUGUAAAUUCUACUUGCAUAUCGUAACAGGCUAAAAAUGUUUAGUGAAGACUUCUUCCAACGCCAUCUUACAGUCUUGGGAAGGAAUGGAAGACCGGAAGAGUAGAAUGAGAUGUACGAGUUUUACACUAUGUUCAUUUGGAAAGGAAAAGGAGGGGAGGGUAGGAAUUGGGUGGAAAACAAUAUUCCCAAGGAGCUUUCCCCGUUUUUUAGAUUGAGAACAGUAAGGGAGAGAGGAAAAUCAGAACCAAAAAAAAAAACUGUGCUACUAAUCUCUCCAAAAUGGAGAGAAAAGGAAGGAAAGGUGUUUUGGUUGCUUAUGACUUUUAUUUUAUAUUUUUUUUUCAUAUUGACUUGUAAGUUGUUGUAGCAGAUUUGCUUUUUUUUUUCUUCAUGUAAUUAGGUGUGGCUAUAACGUGCGAAUAAUGUUUUAGGGAAGAUAAUUGUCCUUAAUUUUAGAAAAAGAUAGUUAUGAUUAUUAAAAAAAUAUAUCUAUAUAUUUAAUGUUUCUUAUAAAACUAUGGUACCACUAUUAAAUUACGGUUUUGAGCAAAAAUAUUAAUCUUUGGCUUAUUCGGUAUAUGCAACGGUUCGGUAUGGACUACACUAAACUCAUGAGAAUAGUGGAUCAUUAGUGAAAGUCGUAUUAGAAUAGUUGAAUAAAUUUAAUCAAUUUAGAAUGCUUGAUCAAUUAUUAUAAAUUCUCUAUUUUUAAAUAAAUGAUGUGGUUAAAUCACAGUUUUAGAAUAAAAUACCCAACCACUAAUUUUUUCCGGUACAAUCUCUGGUGCGAUUUAGAAAUAAAGUACAAAUUAAAUUCACAAUUCAUAAGUUAAUAGAAUAUUAACAUACAAUCAAAUUAUUUUACUAUUACAUAUCCAAUUAAAUAACAUAUUUAUCACAAUUCCCAAUACACACUUUUUCCCCAGUUUUCUCCAUAAAACAACAUUUUCCUUUCAAUUUCCUACACUUUCAAAUCUCCCCUCCCCUCCCCUCCUAAUUUUCCUUCACUUCCCCUCCUUUUCCUCCCUUCCUUCGGAAACAUAGUGUUAAAGGAGAUGAGGAUUUCCUUAAAUUAGCCGACUGGAAUUCUGUAAGAGUGGUUGCAAGUUAGCCGGUUAUAAACCCCAAUUCCUCCUAUUGGCUUUUGAUGUUAUUCGUGGCAAUCUGAAUUUUAGUUGCUUGCCACUUGUCAGUCAAUUACACUAGUUUGGAAUUGUUAAAUAGUUGUUGUGGCACAUCAGCACAUGUACAAUAUUAUGCAUUAUGUUUUUGUGUUGAUUCAUUGUUAAAUACAAUGUUUGAUAUUUU